AUGCAUUCCUUGGGUGCCGGGAGUACCUUGCUCAGAACAAAGCCCAACAGAGACAUAAUAAGAGAAAGCGGCGAAUGUGCGUGUGCUCGUCAGUCGAUAGAACGAGGAUUCCUUGCUUUAUGGUUGGGAGUCUGUAUAGGGCAGGGUCCAAGUCAUCUGGUGAAGAGUAUGUUGAACUUGGGUACAAAUGAUAGGGCGAGCGCUAGACUUAAACAGGCGCGCGACUCCGCCAUUGCGGUCCUCUCCAAGGUCGAGGCACCACAUUCUAUUAGACAACUUCUGGCCGGCUGCUCUAGUUCUCUGAUCAACACGAGUUGA